CAGAUUCUCCAGCCCAGCAUGAAAAACUGAAACGUCUGGAGGACUCCUGGGGACUUUUGAUCUGCUCCUGCAGGCGAGAACACGAUGUCGACACCAGCAUCAGAGCACGGCCCAGAGGACGUCAACAACCGCAGCUUCUGGAUGCCCGGGAACUACCAGCGCACUGUGAAGCGCACAGAAGACACUUUCCAGGCCUGCAACGACAUCGUAGUGUGUUUCCAGGAGAGAGCUCGUGUGGAGAGGCAGUACGCCCAGCAGCUCAAUGAAUGGAGCACCAAGUGGAAGCCGGUGGUGGACUCCAGUCCACUGUAUGGGUCUCUUCUCAAAGCUUGGCAGUGCUUUCUGUCCUCCGCUGACCGGCUGACCUCCUUGCACGCCUCCAUCUGUCGCUCCCUGGUGUCGGACGACGCAGACCGGGUCAGGACCUGGCAGAAGGACUCCUUCCACAAGAAGGUGUUUGGAGGCUUCAAGGAGUCCCAGGAUAUGGAGACCGGGUUUGCGCGUGCUCAGAAGCCCUGGGCCAAAAAACUCAAGAAGCUGGACAAAGCUAGAAGAGCGUACCAUAAGGUGAGCCGGAAGGAGCAUGCAACCAGGGAGCGAAACGCUCACGCUCAGGGAAACCCCGAUGUAAACAUCGACAAACAGAAGAAGAUCCAGGAGGAGAGAGAAGUGGCUCAGCAAGAGACAGAGAAGGUUCGUGGACGCUAUGAGAAGGUCCUGGAGGAGGUGAACCGCUACGUUCCUCGCUAUAUGGAGGAGAUGGAGUCCGUUUUUGACCAGUCGCAGGAAGAGGAGCGCAAGAGGAUCGCCUUCCUCAAACAGGCCUUCCUGUCCAUCAACAAACACCUGGACGUCACCACCAACGAGAGCGUGUUAGCCGUGUACCAGGAGCUCCACAACACCCUGAUGGCCAUCGACGAGCACGAAGACCUCCGCUGGUGGAAAAACACCCACGGGCCCGGCAUGCCGACCGACUGGCCUCACUUCCAGGAGUGGACGCCUGAAAAGAAAAGUAAAAAAGGGAAGAAAGAGGCGGUAAAGAAGGAAGUAAUAGAGAAAAGUGCGGUGAUCGGAGGAGUCAGAGUCAGAGCUCUGUAUGAUUACGUCGGCCAGGAGACCGACGAGCUCUCCUUUAAAGCAGGUGAGGAGUUUUUGAAGAUCGAGGACGAGGACGAUCAGGGCUGGUGUCGAGGGAAGAAGGACGACGGGUGGGAGGGGCUUUACCCGGCCAAUUACGUAGAGGUGGUAUAGUGACCACGAGCAGAAGGAAUAUGGUAAACACGUCACGUACUUCACUUUGCAGCACAAAUAAAUGUCUAUGAAACAACUUUAUUAAACGAGGUCC